UUCUUCAGUGUCUGUUAUGAAGAGGAGGAGCUUGUCAAGUUACAGAUCUGAAAAAUUAGAUUUACAAGCAAUUGUGUCUGAUGUACAGUUUCUUGAGGUUGGCAAGGCUGUCAGAAGUCAUUGGUAUGAGAUUGGUAUUCGUCUUGGAGUCGACAUAGAAGAGUUGUCUGAUUGUCAAGAACGUUUCCCUCGUAACUUGGCUGCUCGCCUCGUACAUGUCUUCUCACUGUGGAGAAAACGAGUGCACAAAGCAACUCUUGCAAUACUCCUGGAAGCAUGCAGACAAGUAGGUGUGGGUGCAGCAGCAGAGAAAGCAGUGAAGAAGGCACAAAAAUCAAAGUGAAAUUGGAUAGAAUUACUAAGUUUGACAUUUUUAUUUAUAUUUGUUUACUGAUACAGGAAUUUGGUAAAAGUCACGUGACAAUGCGUCAAGCGUUCACUCAAAGGGGUUUCACUUCUUGCAUAAUUAACAUUGUAUCAUACACCGUUUUCUGAUACUCACAUUAAAAGAUGUAUAGUAUGUUAAAACAUUACAACAAGCACUCAAUUAAUUCA